GGGCGUUGAAAGAGCGGUGCUGAUUAGCGACUCCGGAAUCGCCUGGAUGAAAGCCCACUUGUGAUUCGUCCUAAGUAGACCAAAGCCCCUUUGCGCUGGAACAGGCCGCGCUGUGAGACAGAAGAGGAGAAGGCAGAGAAACAGAGGAGAAGGCCAUGUGAAGAGGGAGGCAGAGACUGGAGGGAUGCAGCCACAAGCCGAGGAACACCUGCAGCCACCAGAAGCUGGAAGAGGCAAGGAAGGAUUCUCCCCUAGAGCCUUCGGAGGGAGCGCGGCCUGGCUGACACCUUGAUUUCAGACUUCUGGCCUUCAGAACUGACUUAGGAGUUUGCUUCCUUUUGUGAAUAAAAACUCGGUGAUAGAGUGGGACAUUUCUGUCUUGUGAUUGCUUGAUGGCUGGCACUGUGCUCGGAGUAGGGGCUGGCGUAUUCAUCCUAGCCCUGCUCUGGGUGUUAGUGCUGCUGCUGUGUGUGCUGUUGUCCAGAGCCUCCAGUAUAGCUAGGUUCUCUGUCAUGUUUGUGUUCCUUGGCGCUCUGAUCAUCACAGCAGUUCUGUUGCUCUUCCCCCGGGCCAGUGACGUCCCAGCCCCAGAGGUCGAAAUCAAGAUUGUGGAUGACUUUUUCAUUGGCCGCUAUGUCCUGCUGACUUUCCUCACUGCUGUCUUCCUUGGAGGCCUUUUCUUGGUUCUAAUUCAUUAUAUCCUGGAGCCAAUCUAUGCCAAACCACUGCGGUCCUACUGAGCACUAUUUGGGAAAACCAAGACCCUGUUCUCUCCUUCACUUUGAUGUCACUGAUGAGCAGAAAGGAACGGUGUGGAGCCUUGUGUUGACAGCCUUCAUGCCUUAAGAUCAGAGGAACAUCCAUUCAUCACUAAGACAGAUCCCUUGAGUCCUGGCUUCUGGAAAUGGGACUGCACAAUUGUCCCUGUGGAGAUAGAGUCUCCCAGCUUAAGAGGAAUAUUGCUGUCUUCUCAGCACUUGUACCUCCGGGUUUACAUCAGUUUUGAAAGGGAAGUAGUAGCAGUGAUCUGAUUAGAGUAGAUUUUCAAUUAAAUGUCAGUAAGUGGAUUUUGGGAAAAGGAGCACUUUGGCUCCUGCCGUCCAAUAGAUGGAAGAACCUGGUCCUUUUUGAUAAUAUGUAAAAUUCUUAGUUACAAGGUCAGGAUCAUUUGGAAGGAAAGGCACUCAAAGUUCAAAAGGUUAUUUUAAUGUGAUGAUUUGGAAAACUUAUUCCGGUGUUGGUUAUUGAUCACUCUGCACAUCAUGCCACAGAGCUCUGUAAAGGCAAUGGGUGUCACUUCUCUCUGCUCUAAGAAAGCAAGACAGUAACCAUAGGACUGACUUUCAUUUCAAACUCUCAGACACAGCUGUCUGAAUCUAGUAUUUCUAUAUUGCAUGUCUAGUUGGGGGUUAGAGGAAGGGUAUGGAAAUGUUGGAUGUUCGUCUUGCUGAUAUAUAUCUCUGGAUUCUUUUUCUUCCAAGA